AAGUUCUUGCUCGAUCGCGACCCGCCCGAUGGGAACUUUAGGGAUUAUACGCCCAAGUCAAAACCGGCAUAGCGGCGCUUACUAGAUUGGGCCACGGGAGAUCUUUGAUAUCGGUAUUUGCGGGAAUAUGUGGGCAUUUUUUUCAUUCAGAAGGGGGGACCGCCGGGACACUGAGAUACGGACAGCCUCCCAGUCGGCAGAAGACAGCCGCACCCCUUGCUUGGACCCCCAAGUUCGGGUUUGUAAUGUGGGGGAAAGAGGGAAGUGUCAACAUAUGCUGCCGGACGGUUGCCAAUCACCUCGCCAUCCCCGCCCUAUCGCCGGGCCGAUGCUUGGGGACAUCAUAUCUACCCGGAUUGGCCGUGGGACCACAGCGAUGACUCGCGCCAGGCGUUGCUAUCCGAAGUCCCGGAUAUCUGGCUGGCUUGUCCGCCGUAGGCGAUGCAGAGGCUGCGCCAGGGUUCUGAGCCUUCCGGGUGCAUCCGCAGCCGCCGCCGUUUCUGGCAGGCGCGCCCGCCUUUGUUCCGUUCCAGCGGCCGGCUCAAAAAGUGAGCCUGACCGGGCAUUUCUGCGGAGCUCCGACAGCACAUGCUGCUGCAGACAACACAGGAAUGACUGGCUACUGCCGGACGAGUUUGAUUGCUGACUUCUGGUUGUCACGUUUUAACUCAUGGAAUGUCAGUCGUCAUACUUGGUCUGUUGCUACCUUAUUCACCAAUACCUAAACCCGCCUUAAUGCUGGUGUAAGCCGAUGUAGAUAGAAAC